AUGGCGUCGCCGCGCGUCCGCUCCGGCGCGGAGACGACGCCGCGCGAGACCUCUCCGGUCUCCGUCCUCCCCGCGCGCCCGGCGGCGCCGACGGCGACGCGCGAGGGGUACUACACGGUGCGCCCUCGUCAUCAUUCAUCCAUCUCUUCUUCCCCGCAUCUCGUCUCAACCCUUCCCUUUUCGUCGCGUCCGACGCGGUCGCGUCCGCGCGGUCGUCCGCCGUCCCCCCCACCGUCGCGCCAUCGCGUCCCACCCCACACCCUCUCCGCGCGACGCGGCGUCCUCCAGCGCGUCCUCCACCGCGGUCGCUCACCUCCCCGCUCCUCCUCCGAUCGCGCGCGCGUCGUCUCGUCUCGAUCCCGUCUCUCCCCCUCGCCGCAGGUCCCGUCGAAGGAGAAGCUCCUCGCGCUCGCGAGAUCGCGAUCCCCCGUCGUCCGCGCCUUCGCCGUCGGCCGCGUCGGCGUCGGCUGCGUGACGUGGGCGAACCCCGUCGAUCUGCGCGACGUCCCGCUCGACGCCCUGGACGACGUCGUGGAGAUCACGCGCGGGCAGGUGUCCGUGUACGACGGCGCGUCGAGGGCGACGAAGCCGUCGCGCGGGGUGGGGCUCAACGCGCCGGCGAUCGUCGCGCUGGACGGAAUCUUUCCGCCCGGCGUCGGCGUCGGCGCCGAAGAUGACAUCGAGGGGUCCGGAUCCGACGUCGUCACCGAGGACGACCGCGUCGACGCGCUCGUCAGGCGGCUGAAACGCGCGCGCGGGACGCGUUUCAUCGCGUACGACGCGAAGAGCGGGACGUGGCGGUUCCGCGUGGAGCACUUCACGCGGUACGGUCUGGACGUGGACGCGUCGGACGACGACGACGACGACGACGACUUCUCCGAGGAGGAGGAGGGAGGAGGGCUUGAGGGGGAAGAUGGAACGUCGAUCGACGCGUACGACGAACGGUACGGCGACGAGAAGGAGAACGAGAUGGCGUUCGAGGAGGAGCCGCGGAGGCUGCGGGGGAAAGUCACGUUCGAGGAGGACGUCGCGCGCGCGGAGGAGGAGGAGGAGGAGGAGGACGCGACGGCGUUCCCGGGGUUCGCCGGCGCGGCGCCGCCGCCGCCGCGGACGGCGCGCGGCGGCGGCGACGACGACGACGACGCCGCGCGCGACGAAACCCGCGUUCGCCGCGCCCGCCGCCGACGACCUUUUCGCGUCUCACUCGCGGCGGCGACCGAACGUCGUCGAGGACGUGACGUCGGCGCACGCGGCGCGAGAGCGAGCGUUUUACGCGCAGAGCUUCGCGACCGGCGGGGACCGGCGGUACGACCCGGCGACGCAGCCGCCGCCGUUCGCGGCGCGCGAGACGCGCCACCGGCUGCCGCCGCCGCCCGAGCCGCGCACCCCGGGCGGAGGCGCGUGGGGGGAUAA